AUGAAGAAGCAUGCGAUGCCUUUGAUGCCUUACUAUAAAGGAUUCAAAGGCAACAUUUCGAAAGACGAGACCAAAAAACAGACGUACACAACCACUGGUUCGUAUAAAGUUAACCCCUUGUUCAGUGAUGUUGUCAACUGUAGUGAUGAUACAAAUGCACCGUUGAAGCUGACUUUAGAUGAAACAAACAUGAAAUGGCUGAUGUCUCUCAAACGGACUGAGAUUUUGAAGACACUCAAGUUGACCUCAUCCAUCAGCACACGUAAUGUGCAUUUGUUUGAUGCCAAAGGUGAUAUACAGAAGUAUGAAAUGGUGGAAGAAAUUAUAGAGAGUUUUUGCUUUGAGAAGCUUAGAGAGCAUGAAGAUAGAGAGUUCAUCGAUGAAAUUCGCAAUGGAUCAAUAAGUUUGAGUAGCACUACGAGGAUUGAAUCUCAACUCAUUGAGGAGUUCACCACUGGAGGAUAUGAAGUUGUUCGAGGAGUUUCUGAUUUCCGUCAUCUCCGAUCAAUGGAGCUAGACUCAGUGUUGACUUCAGAGUAUGCGAUGGAGCUAUCUGCAAAGAGAAAGAUAGUGGAGACUAAAAUGCAAUACCUGAAUGACAACCCUCCCCGAGAACGCUUCCUUAAAGCCGUUGACGCUUUUGUGGAAAAGUUAGAGAAACUUGAAACCGCAAAGAAUCAGAAGGCAAAGGGUGAGAAAAGAAAAACGGAUAAGGAACCUAGUAAGAAGAAUGUGAAGAAGCAGCAAACCUGA